AUGUCGAGAAUCGGCAAUAAAAUAAGAAAAGCUGAUACAGAAGACCCAAAUAAGAGAGAAAGGCACGGAGAACUUAUUUUAUCUGAUAUCACAAAUGUUCAGAAUUCAAAUAAUGUUGAUUUAUUGGUUAUCGUGAAUAACUAUUGCAAUAAACCAACAACAUCACAAUUUGAUCCAGCCAGAAGCUACAUUUUAGAUCUGACGCCUGAAUCAAAAAUUCGUAAAGAAUUUAGUAGCGAUGAUUGGUCAAUUGUAAUUGAGGACAACAAGAUAACCAUGACAGAUUAUUCCUCUGAAAUAUCCACUAUAACUGACAAGUUGUUUGGUUUAGAUGGAGCUAAAGGGCUGAAAAAUAUAUCUGUAGUCCGAAAAAUGUUAGAAGAUGUGAAAAAUGUUCCAGAACCUAUACAUAGUUCCUCCUAUGAAAUAAAAAAUUGGGAUAAGAUAAUUAGAUGGAUUAGACAUAUAAUAGAACCAUUGGGUGAAAUAAGCGUGUUGGCAUCACAAAAUUGUCAGAAUUCCAAAAAAGAUGUUCUGACAAUGACGGUGAGCUGUGGGCAUAUGGUAGAUAUGUUAUGCUCGUAUGAAGACCAUGAAAUAUUAUGUUUAUUAAACAGUGGUGGGCCGUAUGAAUCAGAUCUCACUAAACAUGCAUCUGAUGAGUUUCAUCUCAAAAGAAUGAUGAAAGACAUGUUAGAUGCUUUAAUCAUCAAAUUUCAUGAAGCCACGAUGGAUGAUUCUGACCUUUACGUUUUAGGGGUUCAGCUUUACUUAAAUAGGGUAUCAAUUUAUACUAUGAACAAACGAAAAUUGUACAAUUUUCGUCUUUGUCGAAGAUUUUCUAUGCCUUUGACAUUCACGUCAUAUCAUGGUUUAAAAACGGCGAUCAAGUGUGCAUGGAACUUAAGAGGAUUGAUAAAUAACUUGACGGAUAAGCUUGACGACCUUAUUAAUCUUGAUAUUGGAUCUCCCCCUACAAGGAAUUCUCAAAACAUUAUGAAAACACCAUCUUCACCACCAAGAAAAAAGAAAAUCAAAACAUUUAAAGAUUAA